AUGUCUGCAGCAGACCAAGAAAUUCCAGAUUUUGCUUUUGAAACUCCCCCAGAAGAAAAAGAGGCCAAUGCAAAUAUAAAUGGGGUAAAAGACGCUCCACUGACUACAAAAAACAUUCAAACACUUAAAACGCAAAUAAUUGAAAUAGACCAGUUAUUUAGUUUAUUUGCACUGAAGGAAUCAGAAAUAACACAGAAAAAUCAAGAGAUAAUACAAAAAGAUCAAGAAAUAAUAAAAAAAAAUCAAGAUAUUGCGUCUUUGCGUGCGGGCUUGACGAAAUUACGAGACCAAGUUUCAAUUCCUGUGCAGGAAUGUGAACGACUUCGAAAGGAAGUAAAAAGUUUGAACAUUCAAUUGGAAGAAAAAGAGACGCGAUUGAAAGAACAGGGAAAAAUAAUAGGCGAUGCGCAGCGAGUACGAAGCGAUAAUCAAAAUUUUAUGAAUCGCAUUAGAUCAUUGGAGGCGUUGAAAUCACAGCUGGAAUUUAAAAUACAAGAGAACGAAAAUAAUGCCUCAAGUAAUGACCAAAUAAAAAAAGAGCUUCAAAAAUUUAAAAAGGAGUUUGUAAAGAAGGAAGAGAAGUGUAAUAAAUUUAAUACGGAAAGAUUAGCACUUGAAGAGCGGAUAAAGCAGAUCGAGGCCGAAAAAAAUCAACUCGAGGAAACGGUGAAAGUUCUCGAAAGUGAAGUCGAAAGGAGAAGAGAUGAAGAUUUAGAACGAGAACUGAACGAAGGUCUGAGGCAAGAAUCUCUUGCAGAGAAGGACAGCAAGAUAGCAGAUCUCGAUGAAGAAUUAAAAAGAUUACGUAAUGAGAUGAAAAGUUUCAAUCAAAUACGCAGCGAGUGUGAAAAACUCCGAUGUGAGAAUCAUUCAUUAAAGGCAUCGGAAAAAUCUCAAACAAACGAUGAUCAGCAGAACGAAAUACUAAAAUUGCAAAGAGAACUUGCUGAGUUAAAGAGCAUUCGACAAAAUAAUCAUAAUAUUGAGCAACAGUUAAAGACGGCAAAUGAAGAGAUCGAAAAGUUACGUCAGAUGCUUCGAGAUAGACCAAAAGAAACUUUAGACAUUCAUCCUAACGCCUCAAACCAAUUUUUAUUGGCUAUGCAAGAAUUAAAUGCUUCGAAAAAAACCAUUGAAAAUUUGGAAAAAGUAAAGAUAGCCUUACAAGACUUGGUAACAACGCAACAAAUCCAAAUAAUGGAUCUUCGCGAUUCAAAACAAGCUGUUAUGCCAACGGUUUCUGUUCUUUCUUCAAAUGUAAUACAAAAAAUCCCUAAUAAAGAUCCGUUGACUUCCACACAUUCUAAUCCUGAUCUUACUAGUACAGUUCUUCCUAUAUUAGAGGAGCCAAGAAAAAGACGUAAAAAUUCUGAACACAAAUUAGGUGACAAUAAUACAUUUGUUCUUAUGAAACCAGAUCCUAAAAAGAGAAAAGUGUCCAGACAAGGAACAACUCCCUCGAUAUCCAAUUCCAAUGUGGUUAUAAACAAAAAACUCCAAGAGCUCGCUGAAAAUUCUGAGAGCAUCUUCCAUUCGAUAAAAUCCUUACAAUCUUUUGCUUUUGAACAAAAUGAAACUCUUAUUCAAGCGAUCGAUCAAAACAUUAAAUUAUUACGUACGCCACACAACUUGAAACCGGUCGGUGAAACGGAUCAGGUAAAAAAUAUCGUUGACUUAAAAGGGCGGAGUAUACCAAUACCGGUGGUUUUGCCGAAACGUGAAGCUGUUCUCGUCUUGUUUCUUUGGUAUAUGUCUCGGGAGUUUCCAGAUAGUAUUAUAAUCGAAAAAUUUCUGAAAUACACAUUUAAACAAAUUGUUUUAUCGAAAAAUAAAUCAAACGAUUUGGGGAUAGCAUGUCGACUUUGUCGAAUUUUCGCGGCACUUUGUCGCAUCUCGCGUGAUGUAUAUCGACCAAGAACUUUGUGUUUUGAUCUUAUUCGAGAAAUACAUAAGAUCGAUUACGUGGUAAAAAUAGUAGAAAAUAUCGCAAAAAUAUGGCCACAAGUGCUACACAGUGAUAUAUCAUCGAACUCGCAAGUUGUGACAAUUUUAGGUAUAAUGGAAUCGAUUAUUGCAAACAACGUUAAAGACCCGAGUUUAUACACCACUUUCGUGAGAUACUGUUCAUGGAACCAGCUCGACAACACUCUAUCCCUUCAAGCCAGACUUCAAGCAUUAUCCGAACUUAUUCAAUCAUCAGAGUUUCAAAUAAAAUGUAGAACAGAAGCGGACAAUGCUCAAUUCCAAGAAUACCGCUAUAACCUUAUUAAAUCUUUUGAGCUGGUCGCAUGCUGGAGUCCAUGGCCCGAAUUUUAUGAAAAUGUUGUUUGCGGUGUUUUACUUCCUUUGGUGGAUAACGAAGAUCUCGCAGGUAUUCCGAUCGAAAUAUUAGGCGAGGUGUGCCGAAAAGGAAUAUUAGAUGCUAAAAAGAAGAAAGAAGUAUCGGAAGUGGCUGCUCGUCUUUGUCAAAAUCUUGCACUGCAAAGUGAAGCUUCAUUAAUACAAAAAGCUCGCUAUGCAAGUGUCAUACUUAAUCUUGCAGAAGGUGAUCUCGAAUUUGUUGAUGCAGUCUUCCGAUGGCAUUCUUCAUUAGAAGUAAAAAAUGGACUGCCGAGUGUGCUUGUCGAGCAAUUGAAGUUUUUGCA